AUGGCUAAAAUGGUUACACAAAGAAUGAAGCCCCUGAUGGAGAAUGUUAUAUCUGAUUCGCAGAGUGCGUUUAUACCAAAUAGGCUCAUUACUGAUAAUAUCUUGAUAGCAGCGGAAGUGGGUCAUUAUCUGAGUAGGAAGCAGUGUGGAGUGGUAGGAUGGGGGGCUCUCAAAUUGGACAUAGCAAAGGCCUAUGACCGUAUGGAGUGGCCAUUCUUACAAGGGAUGUUAAAGGCCUUGGGGUUUGAUGAGAGAUGGGUGGAACUCAUUAUGUUAUGUGUGACUACUGUGUCAUACAGGUUUUUAUUAAAUGGUUCUACCAGUGAACCGAUCAUACCUACCCGGGGUCUCAGGCAGGGUGAUCCAUUCUCACCAUAUCUGUUUAUUAUAUGCGCGGAGGGACUAUCUGUGUUAUUACAACAGGCACAGAAUGAUGCUAACCCACGUGAGGCUACUGAGGUGAAGAAUUGUUUGGCAGCCUAUGAGAGUUUGUCUGGACAAAUGGUGAAUUAUCACAAGUCUAGUAUCUAUUACACUAUUGAACGGACAAUGAAUCGCUACUGGUGGGGCUCAGGGACUGACCGUGACAUUCAUUGGAAGGCAUGGGAUAAAUUGUGUAUCCCGAAGCAGUACGGUGGCCUGGGAUUCAAGGAUCUGAAGGCAUUUAAUUUGGCAAUGUUGGGUAAACAGGCAUGGAGAUUGUUGACCAAUACUGACUCACUGGUCUCUCGUGUAUACAAAGCAAGGUACUACCCUAAAAGCUCGUUUUAUGAGGCAGAUAUUGGAAAUAAUCCUGGUUAUUGCUGGCUUAGUAUUAUGGCUGCCAAAGAAUUAAUAACAAGUGGGGUAAGACGACGUAUUGGGGAUGGAAAGUCUACCUUGAUAUGGGAACAUCCCUGGCUUCAGGAUGAUCUAGACCCAAUGGUCCAAACGGAGAUGCCACCACAGCUAGCUGGUGCAAAAGUUGUGGGAUUAAUUGAUCAGAAUAUUGGUACAUGGGAUCCCCACAUUUUAUCAGAUAUUUUCCAACCAAAUGACAUACCAAGAAUUUUAAAGAUCCCGAUCUCGCAGGAGUAUGAGGAUAUAUGGUAUUGGUAUGGGGAUCCAAAUGGUUGCUAUUCAGUCAAGAAUAGGUACAGGCUUACUGUGGGCACUUAUGAGAAUAAUACUGGUUUUGAUAAGUGGCAAACCCUAUGGAAGUUGAAAAUCCCCCCUAAGUGGAAGACAUUUCUAUGGAGAUCUAUAGGUGAUAUCCUCCCUACCACAACCAAUUUGCUUAUAAAGAGGGUGGAAAUUAGCCCAAUAUGUGCCAUGUAUGGAGUUAUGAAUGAGAACACAAUGCAUGCCUUAGUAUUGUGUGACUAUGCUAGGGCCACAUGGGAUCAAUCUAACCUUCCACUCCCCCAUUUUGUAACGAAUAUUUUCCAGGAAUGGUUUAGAGUAAUCCUAAAGGUUCUAGAUGCUAAUGUGAUAUUGUUUGCAGCUGGAAUAUUAUACAACAUUUGGAGAGCCCGGAACGAUGCCGUUUGGAAUGCAUGCCUGCCAAGGCUAAAGAAGAUUAUUGCGAUGGCCAUAGCGUCCGUGCAUGCGUGGCAGCAGGUGCAUGUGGCUGCCCCCUCACAGCCGACCACCCUCGCCAAUGCCGGCUUAAUGCCGUUACCGCCGGUGCAACAAUCUGGCCCCCUUGCCGAGUCACAACCGGUGCCGCCGUUAUCUCCCUUUGCCGUUGCUACUGGAAUGGGAAUAAUGGAGCCAGUGCACUGCUUUGUUAACGCCGGUUUUCGGCCCCAGUCGAAGACCGCCACAGUUGGAGCGGUGUUGUUCGAUGCGCACGGCGGAUACAUCUCAGCGUAUGCCGCACCCUUGCAAAACUGUUUCUCACCGCUUAUGGCCGAGGCUCUUGCAUGCAAGGAAGUUUUAUCAUGGCUCAGGGCACGUGGCGAACCUUCAGUUGAGUUGUUCACAGACUGCCAGACACUUCAGGCAUAUUUAGCCACUUCGCCAAUUCAAUCUAGAUCCUAUCUUGGUUAUGCCCUUGAUGACUGUAGGACUACUAUGGCUAUGUUUACUUAUUGCUCAGUAAUUUUUAUUCCUAGAUCGCAAAAUUAUUUAGCACAUAUGUUAGCAGCUGAGGCUUUUAAUCUCGAUACGACUAUGUACUGGGAUACUAUCCCACCUGACUCAAUUUUGAGUUAUUUAUAA